AUGGCUUCACUUGUGCCUCUACCGCCGUUUGCGCCAGCCUCUGAAUCAUGGGACUCCUACCUCACUCAGUUCGACUGCUACCUCCAAGCCAACGAGCUGACGUAAGUAUCACUGGAGCGUAAGCGGGGCCUAUUCCUCAGCCUCUGUGGGCCUGAGGUGUUCGAGACGGCCCGAGCAUUGGUUGCGCCUGUAGCAGUCCAGGCAACACUGUGGGACACGAUUCAAGAGAAGCUCCACAACCACUAUGCGCCUAAGCCAUCCAAGAUUGCUGCCCGCCAUGCGUUCUACCACCAGAACAAGGCAGAGGGGGAGUCAAUUAACAACUACACUGCCGCCCUCUGGAAGGCCGCGCUGCACUGCGAGUUCCGAGACUUAGACGAUGCCCUGAUGGAUUGAAUCGUCUUUGGGGUCCAGGACAUCCGUCUGCAAUGGUGUCUCCUCGCCAAGCCAGACCUCACAGUGCAGAAAGCCAUUGAGGAGGCUGUGGCCUCGGAAGCUGCUGAACGCUCCGCCCAGGAGAUCCGCAAGGCCAGCAGCCCGCGUCUUGCUAGGAAGACAGUUCCAGUGCAUCAUGAAGAGGCCAGCAGUGAUGAGGCAUCCUCCAGUGAAGAUGAUGACGUGCACCAGACAAAGGGGGAGCGCGGGAAGUUCCAACAGAAGUCCAAGGGCCAAUCGGAAUGUGCCGGGUGCAGAGGCAACCAUUCCUGUGCCAAGUGUUGA